UCUACCCUGAGUCUCGUUACAGUAUCUACGAAAAAUGACUUCGGACAUAAUCGUGCAACUAUCUAUCCUCGUAUUAACACUUUGCAUAUUCUACGCCGUCAACAAAUUCUCCAAACAAAUGCAACUAUCUAUCCUCGUAUUAACACUUUGCAUAUUCUACGCCGUCAACAAAUUCUCCAAACAAACCCUUACAAACAUCCGUGUUAAAAACCGGUUCAAAGCCCAAGCCCACCGUCACUUCAUCCAAGGGGCCCACCUCUUAUCUCGAGCCCGAUCCACCGCCAACCGCACUACCUCACUCAACCUCGCUAAAGACGCCGUGAAUCUCGCUGACCAAGCCCUUUCGCUCGAGCCAAGAGAUGGCGCCACGUUGAUCCUCAAAGGCCUGGCCCUGGAUCUGAUGGGCCACAAGUCGGCGGCACUUAAGUGCGUUGACCAGGCGUUGACUUUCCCGGCGGUGAAGGCCUUGUCGGAGAAGGAGAGAGGGGAUGCGUUGUUUACGAGGGCCGAGUUGAGGAUGGCGGUGAAUCGGCGGCGGCGAGUUGACUCGGCGGUGGCUGAUUUGUUGGAGGCCGUGAGGUUGAGUGAGGAUAAUGGGAAGGCCUUUUGUUUGUUGGGCCAGUGUUUUGUGAUUAAAGGGAUGAGAAAUGAGGCUAAGAAUGCGUUUGAAAGGGCUUUGAGGAUUGAGCCUGAUUUAGUGGAGGCCCGUCAAGGGCUAUUAGACUUGGAUUCGGGUGCUUAAUUAGAAAUUGUAUUGGGCUGGAUUAUAUGUAUUGUAAAAUGGGGCGCAUUUGACGAUGCCGAAGUUUGAUAUAUUAGGGUUGAAAUUUUAAAGCGUAAA